CUUCUACUUUCCUCUUUCCUUUUUAGGGAUUUCACUUUCCUCUUCUCUCUCUCUCUUUCUCUCUGCCUAACCUCGAAUUCUCUCGAUCGCUCUUCACCAUGGAUCUACGAUCUUCUGGUGCUUCUUGAAGUUUUUUGAUCUCUUCUUUUUAGGGAUUUUUACUUCUUCUGAUUUUCCGGUUGUUUGUCGUUUGGGAUUUCGUGGAGCUUUACUUGCAGCUUGGAGAUUGGACUUGUUUGAAUUGCUCUUUUGUGAUGGAGGAUACACGGUCAGUUGCUUCGCUCAUGGACUCUACAUCAUCUAAGAUUCAGCAGCUUCAGAAGGCGUUUGCUGAACUUGAAAGUCAGCGUGCUGUAACGCUUAAUCUGAAGUGGAAGGAACUUGAGGAGCAUUUUCAUGGGCUUGAGAGGUCUUUGAAGAGACGGUUUCAUGAGCUUGAAGAUCAAGAAAAAGAGUAUGAAACCAAAACAAGGAAAGCUCAAGAACUGUUGGAGAAAAAGAAGGCAGCUGUUGAGGCUAAGGAGAAGGCGUCGCUUGAAAGGCUUCAGAAGAAGAGAGAUGCAGCUAUGUUUACUAUAAACAGUGCUUUAGAUAAGUACAAUAACGCUCCCAUCAGUAAACCUUCUGUUGGUGAACGUUGGCCACAAAAUCCUUUGGGGGAUUCAUCCAAUGCCUUUGCUGCUGAUGGUAUUACCGAUGAUAAUCCGGAUGGAACUGUGCAAGAUGUUCAGAUCUCACCUGUGAUGGGGAAUUUUGAGGUGAAGGCUUAUCCACAGUUACUGAAACUGUGCGGGGAUAUGGACUCAGCAGGGCUCCAUAAGUUUGUAUCAGAUAACCGCAAGAACCUUGCAUCACUAAAGGAGGAGAUUCCUAUGGCGUUCAGGGCUGCAGCAAACCCAGCCAGCUUAGUGUUGGACUCUUUGGAAGGGUUUUACCCCAUGGAGGCACCAACCGCUGAUGGAAAGAAAGACGCUAACCUCUUGGGCAUGCGCAGGACCUGUAUCAUGUUGAUGGAGUGCCUUAGCAUACUGUUAUCUGGUCUGGACCCCAACUCCCUUGCUGCUGUUCUCUCACAGAAUGUUAAGCGUAGAGCCAAAAGUAUUGCAGAAGGAUGGAAUCCACUGCUGGAGUCUCUUGACAUGGAUGCUUGCAAUGGUAAUUCUUUGGAGGCUCAUGCAUUCCUGCAACUGCUGGCCACUUUUGCUAUUGUUGGUGACUUUAAAGAAGAUGAACUCUUAAAGCUGAUCCCCAUGGUUUCACGUCGCCGUCAAGCAGCGGAGCUCUGCCGUUCACUUGGAUUAGCUGAAAAAAUGCCUGGUGUGAUUGAAGUUCUCGUGAACAGUGGAAAACAGAUUGAUGCGGUUAAUUUGGCAUUUGCGUUUGAACUCACAGAACAGUUCUCACCUGUCUCAUUACUGAAAUCUUACUUGACUGAGGCAAGGAGAUCUUCCACCCAAGGCAGACCUGGCAAUGCAUCUCCUGCUGUUCAGGAUGAGUUCAAUGAGCGAGAGCUUACAGGGCUCAAAACCGUGAUAAAGUGUAUUGAAGAGCAUAACCUGGAAGAGCAGUACCCAGCUGAGCCACUUCACAAACGGAUUCUCCAGCUCGAGAAAGCCAAAGCAGACAAAAAGAGAGCAACAGAACCCACAAAACCUCAACCAAAACGACCACGUGGUGCUCAACCCCGAGUCCCCGACAACAACAACAACAACAACAACAUCAAGACAGGAUACGGUAGAGUCAUCCCUGAAAGGUAUCCACAGUAUGUGUAUGACAACAGACCAUUCCUUAGCGGUCCAAUCAUGGCAGCACAAGCUCCACCACCUCCUCCUCCUCAGACUUACACGUUCAGUCCCGCUCCUGCACACGGGAACUUCUACGGAAACUGCUAUCAGUACCAGGCACCUCCUCCUGCUUACUUCCACUAGUGAUAAAAAAAGGUGAAUGGUGAAAUGUGACUGUGACUCUGUGACUCCCCCUUUGGUUGUUAACUUGUGGCAGCUCUUUUUAACUCCUCUCUCCUUUUAGUUCUUUCCCUUUUGAUGUUGUUGUUGUGUACGGAUGAUUUUAGUAUUUUUAAGGAUCAACCCUACUCAAAACAAAUAUACUCAGAUUUUCUAU